ACGAAGCGUAUGCACGUGCUAAUGUGUUAGCUGUGUAAAAACCGCCGCUAACUUGUAAUGGCAACCUGAUCGGUGAUAUGGAAGGUUGUGCUUUAACAUCUUCGUUUUUUGUUUUUUAAACAAUUCGACCAACAUUUAGCCUGCAUAUGUUGUGAAUAUAAAUUGAAUUAUCAGUCAGUCCUGCCAGAGUUGCUUGAAUUUAAUGCGGGGACUGAAGGAACAACAAGCAACACGUAUCAUCUAAUUCAAACGGAGCAAAACUCUCCAGCAAAGCGACUCGAGUGUGCUUCAUGACAAAGCGGAGUCGACGUGACGCAUCAUAGAACAGACAUAUUCUUCAACAAUUGCCCCAUAACUAAAUAUAUUAUUUUUAGAUUGAAAAAAAAUACCAAAAGCAGAUGUUGCAGCAUUUGCAUUCACCAGGAUGUUCUUUUGGGACAGCAGCGGCGACACAGAUGACGAAGACGAUGAUCCACUUUGCAGUUGUCAGGGCAUCAAUCUCAGCAGUUGCCGCUACGACAGUGUGCGGCGUGCUGCUGAGAAACUGGGCAUUAAAGAGGUCAAGGCGGAUGAAGACUGGACGCUGUUUUGGAGCGACGCCCGCCCUUGUGAGGACAAAUUUAAGGAAAUGAAACCAUACCAGAAAAUCAACCAUUUACCCUCAAUGACUGAAAUCUGCCACAAAAAUUCCCUAGCAACUAACUGGAAGCACAUGCUCAAGUUUUUCCCCAAAGACUACAACAUUUUCCCCAGAACAUGGACCUUUCCCAUUGAGUACGGCCUGUUCAAAACGUACGCGAGGGACAAAGACAAGCGUUACAUUUGCAAACCCAACGCGGGCAGCCAAGGCAAAGGCAUCUCCAUCUUUACGUCGUGGGAAAAAGUGCAGCCUGAGCAGGACAUCAUCUGUCAGGAGUACAUCGACAAGCCUUUGCUCAUAGACGGCUUCAAGUUUGAUUUGCGCAUCUAUGUGUUGGUGACCUCGUGUUACCCGUGGAGGAUCUACAUGUACAAUGAGGGGCUGGCUCGCUUCUGCACUGCAAAGUACGAAGACCCGACGGAUGAAAACGUGAAUAACAAGUGCAUGCAUCUCACCAACUUCACCAUCAACAAGGACAACGAGAACUUCAUUUACGAUGAGAAGACAGGCAGCAAACGGAGGCUGUCCACGCUGAAAAAGCAGCUGAGGUCCAACUACAGCAACACGGAGAAGAUCUGGAGCAACAUCGAGGACGGCAUCGUAAAGACGCUGGUCCUGGCUCACUCCCGCAUCCAGCACGGCUACGUCACUCACUUCUCCAAGCACACGGUCGGGAGUGCCUGCUUCCAGGUCCUGGGCUUUGAUGUUCUCCUGGACGAGCAGUACCGACCAUGGGUUCUUGAGGUCAAUCAUUCACCAGAUAUGUCCACUCUGCUGCCUCUGGACCGUGAAGUCAAGGACGCCUUACUUUACGACACGCUGGUUCUUAUCAACCUGGCUCCCUUUGACAGGUGCAAAAUGAUAAAGGAGGAGAAACGGCGAGUGGAGGAGCGUCUCAAACAAAAUGUUCGCGCGGACGAGAGGCUGGAGAGCGAGCAGAGGCAGCGGGCGGCCAUGGUGGAGAAGAUGGAGUGCUAUGAGGACAACCACCUGGGGGGCUUUAAGAGGAUCUACCCUAGCGAAGGGACGUUGGGAGGAAACUAGAGGAUGAUUUGCCUGCAAAGGGGAAUGUUUGAAGGAGAUAUCCGCUUGCCUUUUUGCAGCAGGUGAUUCAAGAUGCCUCGGACUCAUCUGUGCAUGGGUGCCAAAGUAUCCUCCAUCGCAUUCUGAGCACAGGAAGUGUAGCUUCUGAGAUGGAAAGGUGGAGUCUCGUCCUAACAACACGGAAGCAGUCAUGUGAUCACAUGUCAUUCCCACACGGGUGUCCACUCGUAAGGAUUCUCCUAGUG